AUGUCCGACGCUUUCAGCGACUAUCCUCCAAACCUCCCCGUCCAAGACGCCCUCAUCGUCCGCCAAGUCCAACCCGCCGACCACGCCGUCGUCCCCUACACAGGCGACGACCUCGCCCGCCCGCGCCUCGGGCCCGCUAACCCUUUUCGCGAUGACUCAGCAACAGCCUUGUCGUCGACGACCUCCUCGUCGCUCAAACGCAAAAAUGUCCUGACGGGCCUCGCCGAAGAGACUUUUAUCUCGGAACACACAUUUCGCGCUAAGCACCGCGCCGUCGAGCGCGCGGGCGCCGGCGGGCCGCAGAGGGAGGGGAUGAGUAAUCGCGAGCAAAAGGAGUUGCACAAGCGGCUGCGCGCCGAGAGGGAGGCCAAGGGGGAUGCGACGAUCGCGGACGGAGAUGGGGCGUACGUUGGGCCGUGGGCGAGGUAUAAACGGGAGCGGUACGAGGUUGUUGAGGUGGGUGAGGGGGAGGAGGAGGCGGAGUUGGGGAGUGAUGAAGAGUAUGAGGUUGUGGAGGAAGAGGAGGGGGAGGAAGAGGUCGUACCGAGCGGGACGGUCGUGCAGGCGCCUGCGCCAUCGCUUGCCAGGCGGAAGGAGGUCGAGGAGCUGGGCGAGGAGACGACGACCUUUCACGGGGAGAGCCAGUAUGAUUAUCUGGGGAGGACGUAUAUGCAUGUCCCGAGGGACUUGGAUAUUUCGUUGACGAAGGAGGUUGGGAGCAUUGCGAACUUCAUCCCGAAGAAAGUCCUCCGUACCUGGCGGUAUCACGACAAACCGAUUACGUCGCUGCGGCUGUUUCCGCAGUCGAGUCAUUUGGGGCUGUCGGGUUCGGCGGAUGGCUUGGUCAAGAUAUGGGAUGUCUAUCGACAGCGGGAGUUGCUGCGCACGUUUGCUGGGCACAACAAGGCGAUUACCGACUUGUCGUUCAACAAUGACGGGACAAAGUUCCUGUCUGGCGGGUUCGACAGGAAGAUUAGGCUGUGGGAUACCGAGACGGGCCAGUGCGUCAACCGGUUCAACUGUGGCAAGACGCCGCAUGUUAUCAAGUUCAACCCUUCGGCGGAGAACGGGCACGAGUUCUUGGCAGGUCUGUCGGACAACAGAAUCCUGCAGUACGACAGCCGCGCGGGCAACGAGACGGUGCAGGAGUACGACCACCACCUGGGCGCCAUCAACACGAUCGAGUUCAUCGACGAGAACCGCCGGUUCAUGUCGACGUCAGAUGACCGCUCCCUUAGGGUAUGGGAGUAUGGCAUCCCGGUCGAGAUCAAGACCAUCAGCGAACCAGAUAUGUUUGCCCUCACAAUGUCCGCCCAGCAUCCCAGCGGCAAGUACGUCCUCUACCAAUGCAGUGACAACUCCAUCGUGGCCUACUCGUCUGGCUCCGACAAGUUCCGCCAGCAUCGCAAAAAGGCUUGGCGUGGCCACAACACGGCCGGCAGCGCCAUCGGGCUUACAUGCAGCCCUGACGGGCAGUUCAUUGCCUCGGGCGACACGGGCGGAAGCGUCUGCUUCUGGGACUUUAAAACGUGCAAGCUGUACAGCAAGCUCACGGCCGAUAGCGCCGGGGGGAUCGUCAACUGCGUCGCGUGGUCGGAGCAGGAGACGAGCAAGGUGUUCACGGCUGGGGCCAAGGGCGAGAUCAAGAUGUGGGAUUAA